CCAAAAAAUCAACAAAAAUGUGGUAGUUGUCCGGAACGUCAUACGAAUGUUAAAAGUUCGGUUUAUGUGCAAGAUUCCGAUUCGACUGAAAUAGAUUCCUCAACUGAUGAAGAAGAACGUUGGAAGGAUGUGGCAAGGGCAGCAGAAAUACCAGCCGAUUACUAUAAUAUACAGAAGUUGGUGAAGUAUAUUAAAGCGGGCAAUCAGACGGCUACAAUUGUUUCGUUAUGCUGUCUGCAGGAUUACGAUUUGACCACACAAAUCAAUCAAUUUGCUAUACAAGAUAUUGGGGGUCUAGAGGUUUUGGUGAAUAUAUUGGAAUGUAAUGAUGCUAAAUGUCGACUGGGAGCAUUAACUGUCAUGGCGGAUAUUUCUCUAAAUAUUGAUAUACGUAAAACUAUAGUGGAUUUGGAUGGUAUUCCUCUUAUCAUUGAUAUUUUGAAUUCCUCCAUGAAGGACUUAAAAACUGUAGCCGCUGAGACUUUGGCUAAUGUGGCGAAGGUUAGAUUGGCUCGUAAAUAUGUACGCACUUGUGGUGGCAUACCAAAGUUGGUGGAUCUAUUAGAUGUUAAAUUGCAUAUUUUACAAACUCCACGAGAAGAAUUGACUAGCGAAGAAAUCGAACAACUUAAUAUGGCUCUGGCAGGAGCUAAAGCCUUAUGGUCUUUAUCCGAUUCUAAACAUAAUAAAGAACUAAUGCGUAAAAGUGGUAUUGUUCCUCUGAUGGCACGUUUAUUGAAAUCUUGUCAUAUAGAUGUGGUCAUACCGAUAAUGGGUACAAUACAGAAAUGUGCCUCACAGCCAAAGUUCCAAUUGGCCAUAACCACCGAAGGUAUGAUUGCCGAUAUAGUUAAUCAUUUAAGUUCCAGUAAUUUGGAUUUAAAAAUGGAAGGCAGUACAGCUCUAUAUAAAUGCGCGUUUGAUCAGGUUACUAGGGAUUUGGUGCGUGAAGCUGGUGGCUUAGAACCUUUGGUGGCCAUUAUUAAGGAUAAAACUGUACGCGACAAUAAACCUUUGUUAAUAGGAGCCACUGGAGCCAUUUGGAUGUGUGCUAUAUCGGAAGAUAAUGUUAAAAAGUUUGAUCAAUUGCGCACAGUCAAUCAUUUGAUUUCUUUACUAAAUGAUGAAUCCGACACCGUUUUAACUAAUGUGGCUGGAGCUAUAGCGGAAUGUGUUAGAUUUCAAAAUAAUCGCGAUGUUUUGCGCAAUUCCAAUGGUUUACCGGCUUUGGUCUCCUUGCUGAACUCUUCUCACGCCCCCUUAUUGGAAAAUCUAGCUAAAGCCUUAAAAGAAUGUGCCGAAGAUAUGGAAAGUAUGCAUAUAUUGGAAGAAUUGGAUGCUGUACGUUUGAUAUGGUCUUUACUGAAGAAUUCUAAUACCCGUGUCCAAGCUUAUGCUGCCUAUGCUAUUUGUCCUUGUGUUCAAAAUGCCAAUGAAUCGGGGGAAUUGGUGCGCAGCUUAGUGGGUGCCAUGGAAUUGGUGGUAGGUCUAUUGAAAUCUAAGGAUAUUUUAGUAUUAUCAGCAGUAUGUGCUGCUAUAGCUACUAUAGCAAAAGAUAGCACCAAUUUGGCGAUUUUAACCGAUCUUAAAGUUAUAUACAAAUUGGCGGGAUUAGUUAAUACCACGGAAGAUUUAUUGCGUAAAAAUUUGGCUGCUGCUAUAGCUAGUUGUGCUACUUUUGGUAAUAAUACCCAGGAAUUGGGACGUUUAAGAACCGUUACUCCCAUUGUCUCCUAUAUGACUAGUGAUGAUCCCGAAGUUCAUCGUACCACAGCCAUGGCUUUGGAAAAAUUAUCUAUGGAUCCACAAAAUUGUAUUACUAUGCAUCAGAGUGGUGUUGUUCCCUUUCUUUUGGAAUGUGUGGGUUCUACCAAUAAAGAAUUACAAUUGGCGGCUGCUGGUUGUUUGCGCAACAUACGUGAAUUGGCUUUGAGAGCGGAGGAGUAUUUACUCAAAAUUGAUGAAGAUUAAUGGAGGGGGGAAAAAAUGUGCAAAACAUGAGUCCAACCAAAAUUUUAAUUUAGCUGUCCUAUAGUUUGUGCUUAGUCUGGCCUAUAGUGUAGAUUAUAGACUGGACUAUAGUUUAGUCUGUAGUC